UCCGCCUGCUUCCCAGCCUGCUUCCGUUAUUGAAAAGGUUUUUCCGGUUUCGCCGCCGCGUCGCAACAGCCAAAGGCUGCGAGUGUCGCACAUUCGAAGUUCACUCUAAAGCAGAGAGGUGGGCUCAUUGAAACUCCGGUCGUCGCUCUGUCGAGGCCUGAGGAGUUGAGACAUCGCGAUGGGGUCGCAGAUGGUGCUAACCACGCUUUUCAGGGUUGGAGGACUUGGUAUGAGACAAAUGGGCUACCGGAUUGCCGAUGUUCAUUGCGACCAGCUAUGUCAGCGGCUAGCCAACCAAGCAGCUUUACGACGUCAUUUCUCCGCUCGUCACUCGUCUCUGAGAAAAGACGACGGCCUAGACUCAAAAUUGGAAAGCAGUCAAUCUUCCGUGAAGCCCCUGCUGGAACCAGAUGACGAGACACGCUCAAUUUUGAAUGACAUUUGGCGCGAUUUCGAAUGCGUUCCGCCAAAGCCGAGCCCGGCCGAAGGAGGUAGCAGUGGCGGUAGUCCAGGGCCCGCUGCCGCACCGAAAGGAGACCUGCCGAAAGAAAACGCAACAGAUGUGCCCCGAGUUCGCAGCCUGCUGCACUCUGCCAGAGCCAACGCCAAAAUGCUAUUUGCGGACGAAGACUCGUCGAUAAUCUUGGACUCUGCCGAGGAGCAAAUGUCUGAUGAUGUGGAUUACAUUCCUCAAAACAUCAAAGUUGAUCCACUGGAAGGCUUCAACUUGAAACGUGGUCAAACUGGAGUCUUUGAAGUUGAUGAGCUAGUUGACAUUCUACGAGAGGAAAAACUGUCUGACAUAGCUGUCAUCACUGUUCCAAAGGAGAUGGCUUAUUCAGACUACUUGGUUUUGGCAACAGCAAUCUCGUCACGCCAAGCCAAAGGAGUGACAGAAUUUUUGCGAAAAUUGUACAAGCGCAAGAGGGAUAGCAGAGACCCAAACCUGGUUAUUGAGGGAGAAGAAAGUGCCGAUUGGAAAGUGCUCGACAUGGGGAAUGUGGUGUUGCACAUAUUUUUGGCAGAGACACGCAGACAUUAUGAUGUGGAAACCUUAUGGACUGUAGGGAGCCAUUAUGAUGAUCUUACGCAUGCAAAGGAUGAUCCAGUCUACAACCUGCUGCAGCAGCAGAUUCAAAUGAUGCAGGAGAUGCAACCCAAAGAGCUUGAUGAUCGCUGUGCUCUGCAUUCUUGAUUUGCUUUGCAACAUACAUGCAUCUGCUAUACUAUACUGUUAAGUCUGUUCACCUUGUUAUAAGUGCAACCGGUUAAUGUCACUAUGUGUGUUUCAUACCACAGUGUGGGAAUGUCUAGUGAAGAAUGCAGUUUGAUCUGCACAUGUCAAAUGCAAACAAAGCUGCUGGUGGAUACUGAAUAUUAAUAAGUGCUAUUUAAAUUGAAUAACUAAGCAUUUUUGUUCUCUUUCAUAACUGAGCCAUUUUAGAGUUCUUGUUAUAUCCUGUCUCUAAUGUAAUUUUUUACUGUGCAGCUGAUAACAGUAUUGCCUAUUUUCAGAACUUGUGACAAUGCAGGCUACAAUUUAAUUUGUGUUAAUAGGAAGCAACUGCUAAGUUUCAUAUCAGCCGCGUCCUAGACCAUAUAAUUUAUCCAGGCAUACUUACCAUGUUGUACUUGGGACAUUGGAAUUCAUUUUAGUCAGCCUUCUGGUUUGCAUAUUUAAUAAAUAGCAUGCUUUUAAAUGAAAGCAUUUUAGCUUAAGCCUGGUUCAUUUUUUGAGCAUCUGGAAAUGUAUUCUGCAUAUUGUUGGGGCUCUGCGCUGGGACAGCCAACAGAUCUAGCACUGCAUGUGUCAAUUUGAGUUGGCAGCUGCGAGACUGUAUAAUCAGCCCAACCUGUUUUUAUUUAUUUUUUUAUUUGUAUAGCAAUUGAGUUCUGUUACUUAGAAUGAUGACUUGAAGUUACUAUGCUUACCAAGAUACUGCUACAGCCCUGCAGUGUAAUAGGGCAUGUGUCACAAGCAGUUUUCUAGUAAUUUACUAGUGCAUUGUUAAACACAGGGUGGUGCCACUUUACAGGAGCCUCGGAUAGCGAAGCAUUGCAGCUUUUUGUAUAAAGUAGCCGAGUUGCAGUCCAGCUUAGUGCACACCAUGUUAGUUCGUUUCAUUGAAUUGAAUAUUGCACAGUAUUUUGUAAUGUUUUGGUCACUGAAGUGGUGCAGUAAAGUUGUCCAAUGAAAUGAA